AUGGAUGAGCGAACGAGCGGUCAAGAUACUUCAUUUUCCGAUGAAAUAAUUGACAAACCAGAACCUCGAUUUUGUUUGAGAUGGGAGAGAUAUUCAUACGCACCCCAGCGUCCUCGGGGCACUUCAAUUAUCUUGAGAGACGAUGAGAAUGCUCGUAAUUGGUCUCCUGUCAUCAAAUAUGCCAUGUCUAUUGCGGUUUUAUAUACGGCUUUUGUGGCAACUUUCGGAAAUUCGACCUACACAGGAGGUAUGCCAGGUGUCAUGGCAUCUUUCGGGACAUCGAAAACACUGGCCACCGUUCCAAUAGCUUGCUACUCGGCAGGUCUUGGUAUUGGCGCAUUAUUUUCGACAGCAUUUUCAGAAGUAUUCGGCAGGAGGAUCGUGUACAGAGUCACUGCGCCUUUGGCACUGAUUUUUACACUUAUGGGAGGUUGUGCUACGAGCUUUGCUACCGUUGCUAUUGCCCGAGCACUCGCUGGUCUGUUCGCAUCCCCCUGUCUGACGGUGGGUGGAGGAAUCAUAAGUGAUUUAUGGGACAUCAGCCUCGAGAAGACCGGGACCACGUUUGCUGCCUUGUUCGUACUUCUGGUCGUCGCUGGUACCCAGACUGGACCUAUGGCCAGUGCAGCGAUAAUAACAAAUCAUUCUUGGCGGUGGGAAUUUUGGAUUUCAGCUAUUCUUUUCGGGGGCUCUACCAUCAUAGCCUAUAUCCUCCCGGAGACUUACCAACCCCAAAUAUUGCGCCAGCGAGCGGAAGCAAAAAUGGGCCUCUUUACCACCAGAGCAACACUAACUAGACUUCUUCUUACAUCUCUCGGACGACCUUUACACAUGCUUCUAGUCGAGCCCACGAUAUUUCCUACUGGUCUAGUGAUGGCAAUCACACAAUCUGUGGUCUUUUCAUACUUCUUGUCUUAUGCUGCUUUGUUUCAAAAGAUCUACCACCACUCACCAUAUGAAGUUGGAAUGGCAUUUUGCCCUCUGAUAAUUGGAAGUGUGACCGCAAUUCCGACAAUUGCAAUUUUCGAUCGAUUGUUUUAUCGAAAACCACGAAACGAAGCAAUUAGAACAGGAACAAAGGUAGCACCAGAGAAGCGUUUAUACCCAGCCAUGUUAGGAUCUAUCACACUCCCAAUUUCUUUAUUUUGGCUUGCAUGGACAGGUCGCGCAGACAUACCCUCUAUCAUCCCUAUCUUCUCUGGUGGACUCUUCGGCUUCUCAUUUGUCCUCACAAUGUUAUGCCUCCCCGUAUACCAUAGCGACUUUUACACAGCCCACUAUAGCGCAUCAAUGCUAGCAGCAUUAACAUUCAUGCGCUUCUUCCUCUCGGCCUCUUUCCCCCUCAUCACACCAUCAAUUCUCGAUACCCUGGGCUUUACAUGGGCAACUUCUUUGCUGGGCUUUAUUACGGUUUCUCUGAUUCCAAUACCGUGGAUUUUGUAUCGAUUUGGUCCGUUCUUGAGAGGUAAAAGUCGGUAUAUUAAGGCUUAG